GGAAACCGAAGUGUAGUUGAGCUCUUGUGUGUUUGAGUCUCUGCAUUUCUGCAGUAAAAUGGCAGAAGCCAGAUUUUCUCAGGAAGACUUUGUGUGUCCCUUGUGCCUGGAUCUCCUGAAGGAUCCAGUGACAAUCCAGUGUGGACACAGUUACUGUAUGAGCUGCAUUACAGACUGCUGGAAUAAGGAGGAACAGAAGAGAGUCUACAGCUGCCCUCAGUGCAGAAAGACCUUCAGUCCAAGACCUGCUUUAUUUAAGAAUGUGGUGUUUGCUGGAAUGGUGGAGAAACUGAAGAAGAGGAAACUUCCUGCUGACUGUUACGCUGGCGCUGGAGAUGUGCAGUGUGACGUCUGUACUGGAAGAAAACACAAAGCUGCCAAGUCCUGUCUUAUGUGUCUGAACUCUUACUGUCAGAAUCACCUCAAAGAACAUGAGAGUUGGUUUAAAGGAAAGAAACACAGUUUGACUGAUGCCACUGGACGACUGCAGGAGAUGAUCUGCCAGAAACAUGAGAAGCCCCUUGAGGUUUUCUGUCGCACUGAUCAGAAAUGUAUAUGUGUGCUGUGUAUGGAUGAACAUAAAAACCACAACACUUUGUCAGCUGCAGCGCAGAGGACAGAGAAACAGAAGCAGCUGAAGAAGACACAGAAGACACUACAGCUGAGAAUUCAGCAGAAAGAGAAAGAUCUCCAGCAGCUGAGAGAGACUGUGGAGUCUCAUAAGCGCUCUGCACAGACAGCAGUGGAGGACAGUAAGAGGAUCUUUACUGAGCUCAUCCGCUCCAUUGAGAGAAGCCUCUCUGAGCUGAUACAACUGAUCAGAGAUCAGGAAAAGACUGCAGUGAGUCCAGCUGAAGAACGACUGGAGCGACUGGAGCAGGAGAUCAAUGAUCUGAGGAGGAGAGACGCUGAGCUGGAGCAGCUUUCACACACACAGGAUCACAGCCAGUUCCUGCAGAGUUUCCAGUCUCUCUCAGCACCUCCUGAAUCUACAGAUGUAUAUAAUGAUCCCUUCGGUUCUGUCAUCUCUAUUGAUGGCUUGAGAGAAUCUGCCCAUCAUCUGAGAAAUAAACUGGAGAAUUUCUGCAAAGAGCAGCUCAAGAAGAUCUCAGACAGAGUCACACUCACCAACAUUUUUCCCAGAACCAGGAAUGACUUCCUACAAUAUUCCCAUCAGCUCACUCUGGAUCCGAACACAGUGAAUAAAUGCCUCCGUCUGUCUGAGAACAACAGAGUGAUUACUUGUACUGACAUUCUCCAGCCGUAUACUGAUCAUCCAGACAGAUUUGAUGUGCAUCAUCAGGUGUUGUGUAGAGAGAGUGUGUGGGGGCGCUGUUACUGGGAGCUGGAGUGGAGUGGAUGUGUUUAUAUAUCAGUGUCAUAUAAGAGCAUCAGCAGGAAGGGACGGGGUUAUGAGUGUUUGUUUGGAUCUAAUGAUCAGUCCUGGAGUUUGAUCUGCUUUCCCUCCAGUUACUCAUUCAAACACAAAAACAUACAGACUGCUCUCCCUGUGAAGUCCAUCAGCAGUAGAAUAGGAGUGUUUGAUGAUGAUGAUGAUGAUGUUGUCAGGAGAAUAGGAGUGUUUGUGGAUCACAGUGCAGGAACUCUGUCCUUCUUCAGCGUCUCUGACACAAUGAGCCUCAUCCACACAGUCCAGACCACAUUCACUCAGCCGCUCUAUCCUGGGUUUUUGGUUAAUUAUAAAUCAUCAUUGGAACUGUAUCAGGGUUCAUGAACAUGACUUUUCUAUGAUUUUUCACUGAAUAUUGUAAUUUGUUUUACCAAUGUUAUCUGUUAAACUCAGGACCUGGAUUAUGUUAU